AUGGAAGACCUUGAACAAGAGAAUCAUGAAUUCCGUGAUGAAGUAACUACUCUCCGUGUCGGUGUGGAAAGAUUGACUGCUUUGGUGGAAAGCUUAGUGGCUGCUCGGAAUCAACCAUCACCUCCUCCAUCUCCUCACGCCACUCAAACACAAAUUGAGGUCCAGACUACUAUGAUUUGUGAAGUUUCUACUGCUACUGUUUUUGUGGCUCCUACCAUUGGUCUCUCGCACUAUCAGAUGCCUAAUGGCUACCCUGGGGGCAUGUCUUACAACUUUGUGCCAGAGGGAUACCAUCCUGUCACUGGAGCUUCCCAAGUUACUCCUAUAAUGACUAUGACUCCGCCUCUGGUACAUACCGUACCACAAGCUGAGGAACCCAUUUUCCAAGUUGAGCCCAAUGAAAGAAAUGAAGCUUAUGAUGAUUUCCAAGACCAAUUUCAAGAGAUGCGAAAGGAGAUUAAGGCCCUCAAAGGGAAGAACUCAUUUGGAAAGAAUGCUUAUGACAUGUGUCUUGUGCCAAAUGUGAAAAUACCUGCCAAGUUUAAAGUGCCUGAUUUUGAAAAGUAUAAAGGGAAUUCGUGUCCUCAGAGCCACUUAACCAUGUACUGCAGAAAGAUGGCUACUCAUACUGAUGAUGAUAAGUUAUUGAUUCACUAUUUUCAAGAUAGUCUAAUUGGUACUGCUUUGAAAUGGUACAUGGGAUUGGAUAGUACUCAUAUCAGUUCUUUUGAUGACCUUGUGGAAGCGUUCAUUCGACAAUACAAGUAUAAUGUGGACAUGGCUCCUGAUAGAGACCAACUCCGAGCCAUGGCACAGAAAGAGAAAGAGUCUUUCAAAGAGAUGGUUGCAAGCGCUCCGACCGACUUCACUGAAAUGGUGAAUAUGGGAAUGCGAUUAGAAGAAGGUGUACGAGAGGGACGUUUAACUAUGGAAUCUGGAUCGUCGACAGAAACCAAGAAAUAUGGGAACAACUUUCAGAAGAAGUGGGAAGAUGAAACUAUUGCUUUUACAAUUGAUGCCGCACAAUUCAAGCAACCAUACCAACAGCCGUGGGCAACUCCUCCUCAUAAUUCUUCACAGAAUGCUCCUCAGAAUGCAGCUCAGAAUCAGAAUCGUCAACGGAAUCAGAAUAUACCUCAAAGGAACCAUCAGAAGGAGGAUCGUCGCAUUGACCCAAUGCCAAUGACCUACGCUCAGCUAUGGCCAUAUUUAAUUGAGAAGAAAGCAAUAGCUCCCAGACCAACUCAACCUGCAAAGUUUCCAUUUCCUAAGGAAUACAAUCCAAACGCCAAGUGUGAUUUUCAUAGUGGGAUAUCAGGUCACUCCAUUGAAGAUUGCAAAGUCCUGAAGGAAAAAGUUCAAGAUCUGGUUGACAAAAAGAUACUCUCUUUCAAGGAUAUUGGUCCUAUGCCAUGA